AUGCCAGCCGAGCCAGUCAUCACUGCGCCUGUUCAGAUCCCUACUCCACCACAUACCCCAGUUCACGCACCUACUGAUGAGCCUAUUCAGGCACCUGUUUUAGAUGGAUCUACCGAUCGCAUACGACUUAUGCGUUUUACUCCUACCAGUUUACCCACUCGUCACCCAGACGAGGCAGGACCUUCAGGACACGCACAUAUCCCACCUGGAGAGACCGACCCUUACUAUCCACCGCAGGUUCCAGUCGAGCACCUUGCGACACAUCACUCUCUACCACAUGUCGUGCCUACUGCUGACCCGUACCAUCCAUCUCACUAUCCAGGCGUCUCUACUGAUGACCUUAUUCUAUCUCUACAGGUUCAGAUCGACAUACUUUUUACCAAACUUCAUGAGCUGUUGCCGCUUGCUGAGGCUAGACCCCCACCUCCACCUGUUCAUUCACCACCUCAUGCUCCACCACCACCACCUGAGUUACCACUAGUUGAUUUACGUGCUCGUGUAGUGACGCUUGAGCAGCAGAUAGACCUUCUUAUCCGUCGAGUCCAUGAACUCGAGGAUGAGGUUACUCACCUUCAUAGUAUUGUACUUUUGACUCCACCACCUAUCCCCCUCCACCAUAGACGUUCACUUGCAGGUUAUCUUUUGUGA